AACUACUGCACGAAUGAACGAAACGUCUGGGCUCUCCCUUCAGUCCUUCUGCUCUGGUUACGUGACACAACGAAGGUCACCAGAACAUAAGGAAGCAAGCAAAACUACCGGAAAUGACGAUUUCAUUACGUUCACAGUGCAGUAGAAAUACGUAAUACAAUAGCAAUCUUCCGUAAUAAUUUUUCCAGGAAACAUAUGUUGUUGUGUGGGGAAAAGGAAACAAAAAAUACUGGCACCAAUCGUGCCAUAUCCAUAGCAGUAAUAAUAGAAUCAAUUUGCACCUCUUGUGAAGCAUAUACAAUUCAUAACACGACAACCUUCUCUCCACGAAAAUGACCCGCUUGUUCCCCCCCGAAGAGGCAAACUCUUCCGUUCUGAGCGACGAAACCAUCCACGAGGCCCCCGAAGAAUUUGACAGCGACGACAUCAGUAGCAACGAAAGCGAGGACGUAAUGGAUGGGAUCGAUGACGACGAUGAAGAAGACGAUGAUUCAGACUGUAGCGCUUCCACCGUCUCRACGAGCCCAUUGUUGAAACUCAUCCCGACCGCGCUGGCGUCCCCACAGCAGCAGCACCGAUCGUCACUGCUGGACAACGGCAAAAGUGGAAUGCCCCUCCCCCCCGGGAGCCACCUUUCUGCGAACGAGCCCAGACCCGAAAAGGGAGUCGAUCGCCUCCUAUUAAUGGCUCGCUAUCCAAAUGCAGAUGAGUCWCAGAUCCAGCAAGCCCUGCAACGGAAAGAACUCCAACAACGUGCCGCCAAGAUCGCCGCCACAAAAAAGGCGCAACUCUUUCGGGAACAAAAAGACCUUGAGGAUGCCGAACGUUGGAAGCUGCAGCAGGAAAGAGAGCAGAAACAGCUUGAGCAGCUGCGGAACGAAUACCGGCAGCACCAACAAAACCAGGAGCUACAGCAAUUUCAACAGCAACAGCAACUCCAAUUCCACCAACAGAUCGAACAAUUUCAGAUGCAAUCUGUGCAGGCGUCUAACAACGGGAGUGGAGCAGAAAGAUUCGUUGGAACCACCGAGGAAGAGCGGGUGCAGGAAAACAGGUUAAAAAAUUUGAAUAAUGACCAGCACCAUCCAAAGGGAAGUUUUGGCCACGCGGCCAGCCCCUCCAAGAAUAUUUUGCCAAAGCGAUCCCAGAGCGGAACAGACGAGGACGAAGAAGAGGAUCAGGAUGCCUCGUACAUGUGGGUGUCCGGUAUGGCUAGGAGCAGUUAUGAGUCCGAGAACAGCAACUAUCGCAAUAGCAAUGAUGGCGGAAGUAGUGGUGAGGACCACGCCGAUUACUACAGUCGGGCGGUGCUCUCAAAUUCAGGGGGCGAUACGGACGAAAGCGACGACGUUGAAAAAGCGGGGAAUUAUUUCUAUCAUCGUACCAAGAGCGGCGGCAGAGAAUCACCAAAUCACUCGCAGCGAUCGUCCCCCAUCCGAAAGAAUCUGCGGGAAAGCAUGAGCAAGGUUGCGAAGGCGUUCUCAAGCACCGCGAAAGCCACCCGCCCGGUGCCCCUCGGCUCUUCCAUGGACCAUCCGGCCAAGACCGCCGCAGCCUCGAACUCGUCGGGUGACCACGGUGCCAACCGAAAUACAAGCAAUGCCCAUCAAGCACAUCAGCAGAAGUGGCAGCGGUUAAAUUCCGGAAAUAAUAUCGACGACACCGACGAAAACCUUCCCGAUACAGGCAGCAGCAGCUUUGACACGGACCGGGACCACAACAACACCAACAAGUACAGCGUUUCCAGCAGCACUAGUAGCUACUAUCGAAACGACCAGAGCAAACAAGUGAAAGGUUUUCACCAGUACAACGAUGGAGGCUUUGGCCACKCCGAUGACGAUGAGGAUGCCGAUUCAGAAAGGAAACGUCUAAACGGAUCUMGUUGCUGCGUAUGGAYGAAGCGCAACAAGCUGCUCGUGGUGAUAUUUUCAUUUCUUCUUUUGGUUGCAAUCUUAGCAACGGCCCUGAUGGUUGCAAAGAAGAACACCAAYCGCAGCCCCAUGUCAACGGAAAGUAGUCCUAGUGGUGACGAAAUGAUGGUGGACCUUCCCACUGAUUUCGRCAACRACUUAGAGAGCAACGACRCCGAUGGAAACAGCUUUMGCGGCGAGGGWGAGACAUCUACCGGCGAUAUUGCGGUUGCAACUCCCUGGGACAUGCCACGGGUACCUCCACCAUCGAUAGCUCCAGMAUCUUUUCCAACGGAAAACCAGAGCGAAUUUGGCGAGGGUAUUCCGUCACGGCCUCCCKUCCUUUCCCAGCCCACCGAUCAGCCCACGACGUCCUCCAGCGAAGUGCCGUUCCUGGAUUGGACCUGGGACGUCGUUGGUAGUGGCGAAACCAUCAUUAAGGGCACCCCCCAGAUCGACCAGCGGUUUGGGG